AUGAGCGACCCCGUCGACAAGCUGGUCACCUUCCUCGCCAAAAGAGACGGCAUCGACAAGCUGGUCAAGACCUUCCAGUACGUCUCCAAGCUGGUCCACUACCACGUGGAGCCCACCCGCCCGGACCUCGCGGGCCGCUUCAAGCAAUGGGAGGUCGCCUCGGGCCUCAGCAGGAAGGCCUUCCGCACGGGCCGGUUCCUGACCGGGUUCAACGCCCUCCGCAGGAACCCCGGCCCGUCCGAAACGUUCAGGCUGCUGGCCGUCCUGGCCAACGCAGGGGAGAUGGUCUACUUCUUCUUCGACCACUUCCUCUGGCUGUCCAGGAUCGGCGUGCUGGAGGCCAGGCUGGCACGCCGGAUGAGCUUCGUGUCGGCGUUCGGGGAGUCGUUCGGGUACGUGUUCUUCAUCGUCGGGGACUUGAUACUGAUCAGGGAGGGGGUGAGGAAGGAGAGGGAGCUUCGGCAGAGAAAGGGAGGUGGCGAAACGGCGUCGUUGGAUGAGGGGAUCGGGAAGAUAAGAGCGGAUAGGGUGAUGCGGCUGAUGGGUGUGGCGGCGAACGUGGCGGACUUGUUUAUUGCGCUGGCGGAUAUUGAGCCCAACCCGUUCUGUAACCAUACGGUUACGCUUGGGAUUAGUGGGCUGGUCUCGGCUUGGGCCGGGUGGUACAGAAAUUGGCCUUCCUAA